GAAACAUAGCUCAUUGUUGGCAAAUGCCGAUGAGCUUCGCUGAGGAGUAAGGGGACGGAAGGGGGAAAAUAAAAGAGAAAGGGGCUUGGGUCUUCAGGCGAAGCAGCAGCAACCGCAGCAGCAGCAACAAGACGACAGCAAUAGUAUCACGUAACCGACCUCGGAAGAAACAAGGAAAAUACUCUAUAUGCUGCUGGGCGGUUUUUAAACUGAGAGAUUCUACCAACAACCUUCCGAGCAGAAAGAGCAAAGACCAGAGAAGGGUUGGAAAUGGCUGACCACAUGAUGGCCAUGAACCACGGACGCUUCCCCGAUGGCACCAACGGGCUGCAUCACCACCCUGCUCAUCGGAUGGGAAUGGGUCAGUUUCCAAGCCCCCAUCACCACCACCAGCAGCAACAACAACACGCCUUCAAUGCCUUAAUGGGCGAGCAUAUACACUAUGGCGCUGGGAAUAUGAAUGCCACUAGCGGGAUCAGACAUGCGAUGGGGCCAGGGACUGUGAAUGGAGGGCACCCCCCCAGCACUAUGCCCCCCACGGCCAGAUUUAACAACUCCCAGUUUAUGGGGCCACCAGUCGCCAGCCAGGGAGGCUCCUUACCGGCCAGCAUGCAGCUGCAGAAGCUAAACAACCAGUAUUUCAAUCAUCACCCUUAUCCCCACAACCACUAUAUGCCGGAUUUGCACCCUGCAAGCCACCAGAUGAACGGGACGAACCAGCAUUUCAGAGAUUGCAACCCAAAGCACAGCAAUAGCAGCGGCAACAGCGGCGGUAGCAGCAGCAACAGCAGCAGCAACAUGCCGUCCUCGGUUCCCCACGUCCCUGCUGCGAUGCUGCCUCCCAAUGUCAUAGACACUGACUUCAUAGACGAGGAAGUGCUCAUGUCCUUAGUGAUAGAAAUGGGUUUGGACCGCAUCAAGGAGCUGCCUGAACUCUGGCUGGGACAAAACGAGUUUGAUUUUAUGACGGACUUCGUGUGCAAACAGCAGCCAAGCAGAGUGAGCUGCUGACUUAAUUUAAACAACAACGACAACGACAACCACAACAACAACCACAAUAACAAAAGAAACAGAUCCGACUUUUUCGGUGUGAAUUAAAAACAUUCCCGUAGACACAGUAUCUCGCUUUUCAGGUCUUGAACGGUUUGAGAACUUGGAAAACAGAGUAAACUAUAAAACUUGUACAAAUUGGUUUAAAAGAAAAUUGCUGCCACUUUUUUGUUUUUUUGUUUUUCUGUUUUGUUUUUUGUAGCCUUGACAUUCACCUCCCUUAUGUAGUUGUAAUAUCUAGCUAACUCGGUCUUUUCUGUUGUUUUUACUCCUUAUUUCCUCACUUAAUUUCUACAGUGCUCAACUGUUAGAUAUUAAUCUUGGCAAACUGCUUAAUCUUGUGGAUUUUGUAGAUGGUUUCAAAUGACUGAACUGCAUUCAAAUUAUGAGUGGAAGGAAAAAUUGCAUUAGUUGGUUGCAUGAACUUUGAAGGGCAGAUAUUACUGCACAAACGCUGCCAUCUCGCUUCAUUUUUAACUAUGCAUUGGAGUACAGACUAAUUUUAAAAAUAUGCGAAACUGGAAGUUUAAACAGAUGUGGGCCAAACCAUUCUGGAUCAGGAAAAGUAAUACUGUUACUUUAAAGUCUGCUACCCAUCCCCCUCCCCCAUAUGUACAGACAAUAAUAUGGUGUGGAAUGUAGUCAGUGGCAACAUUUCACAGAUUUUUAUUUUGUUUCUGUCUUCAACAUUUUUGACACUGUGCUAAUAGUUUAUUCAGUACAUGAAAAAGAUACUACUGUGUUGAAAGCUUUUUAGGAAAUUUUGACAGUAUUUUUGUACAAAACAUUUUUUUGAAAAAAUACUUGUUAAUUUAUUCUAUUU